AUUUGAUCUUUAUGUUAAUUUAAUUAAUCAACGACUAGGAAACAAAAUAAACAAAGAUUCCGAAUCAUAAGCAGUAACAGAGAACUGUUCCUCACGAAUUUGCACCUCACAAGCAGAUAUGGUGAAGGAGCAAUUGCGUGACCGACAACAAUCUUCUUCUUCGUCUGCUUCUACUUCUACUCAAGACUUUUCUCAUAUCAGAUAUUUGUAUAUUGGCCAGUUUUUAGCAAGAUGGGAUGCCAGAAUGUGGGAAUUCUCAGUUGGUCUGUAUAUGAUCACUCUAUGGUCAGAUUCUUUGAUUCUUCCUGCUAUUUAUGGAGCUAUUGAAUCUGCCUCUAUUGCACUUUUUGGCCCCAUCAUUGGACAAUGGGUGGAGAUGUUACCAUAUGUUAAGGUUCUGAAAAUCUGGUUGGUGACCCAAAAUCUUUCCUUUAUAGUUGCUGGAUGCACAAUAAUCACAUUGAUAAUCUUUUCAACCUUAAGAUCUACAAAUUUUACAGUAUUUAUAUCGCUUGUGGCAUUAACUAACAUCUCUGGAGCUGUUGGUGUGCUUUCCACUCUCGCUGGUACCAUACUAAUUGAAAGAGAAUGGGUGGUGGUGAUAUCAGAAGGCUAUCCUGUGGGUGUACUAACAAAGAUGAAUGCAAUUAUGAGACGAAUUGAUUUAACUUGCAAGCUUUUUGCUCCAGUAGUUAGUGGCUUUAUAAUUAGCUUUGUAUCAGUUAAAGCCUCUGCUAUAAGUUUAGCAAUCUGGAACAGUAUUGCAGUAUGGAUAGAGUAUUGGCUUUUUACUUGUGUAUACAAAGGGAUUCCAGCUUUAGAUCAAAGUAGCCAAAGGAAGAUUUCAAGAUUUUUACGGACUGAUCUUGAAACUCUUUCAAGUGAAAGAGUGGCCUUAAUUUCUGAAAAUGAGGAAAAAAAUUCAACAUUGGUGGAAAAAGAAUGGAGAAUUAAGUUAAUUGAAUGGGUUUCUCAAGCACCUUGUAUUGGUGCCUGGAAUGUGUAUUUGCAACAAGAUAUUGUUCUUCCUGGCAUAGCUCUAGCUUUAUUAUAUUUCACAGUCCUCAGCUUUGGCACCUUGAUGACAGCUACCUUAGAAUGGGAAGGUAUACCUGCAUACAUAAUCGGAAUAGCACGCGGAAUAAGUGCUUUGAUUGGAAUAGGAGCAACAGUUGUAUAUCCAAUCUUGCAAUCCCAUAUUUUAACUAUCAGAACAGGACUUUGGUCAAUAUGGUCUCAGUGGUGCUGCUUAUUACUAUGUAUUGGCUCAAUAUGGGUCCAAAAACAAGUUUUAUCAGCUUACAUAUUAAUGGCUGGAGUUGCAACUUCUCGGCUGGGUUUAUGGAUGUUCGACUUAUCUGUGAUUCAACAAGUGCUGGAUCAAGUUCCUGAAUCUGAUAGAUGUGUCGUAGGAGGUGUUCAAAACUCUCUUCAAUCUAUUCUGGACUUAUUAGGAUAUGCAAUGGGAAUAAUUAUAUCGAACCCACAGGAAUUCUGGAAGUUGACUUUGAUGUCAUUUGCAUCAGCAACAUUGGCAGCGUUCCUGUACAGUAUAUAUUUGUAUAAAGUUAGAAAACAUCUUUUUCACUUUGGGAAGUUGUUUACGUUGCUGAAGACUAGUUCUUAGUUAUUGUAUUGAAACAAGUGGAACUAAAAGCCAAGCAUAUUAGGUAAAUGCUGACUGGAUUAGAUUAUAUUUCUGAAUAUUUAAAUCAGCUCACUGGCUACUGUAUCAAAUUUCUGAAUAAUUAACUAGUUGCUGUCUAUCUGUUUAUGUAAUUUGUUGGUCAUUAUCUAA